GCCUUCCCUCCCCGCCAAAGGGGGGAUCGGGGGGGGUCUCCCUCCUCCCCACCCCCCAGAAGCCGCCAGCCUCCUCCUUUCUCGGAAGAAGGUUGGCCGACUUUCGUUGGUGGCAUGUUGAGGUCUUCUGAAGAUCAGUGGAGUGGGUGCAUGAUAGCCAGGGGACUGCUCUAACAGCUGGGGGGCACACCAAUAUGGGCCAGUGUGUCACCAAGUGCAAGAAUCCUUCUUCCACCCUUGGCAGCAAAAAUGGCGACCGGGAGUCAAGUGGCAAGGCUCAUGGCAAACGGAGCACGAUUCACAAAGAAGAGCACAGCACAGUCUGCGGGAAGUCCUCUGGGGACAUCCUCGUCAACGGGACAAAGAAGAUGGAGGCCGCUGUAGAGUCCAGCCAGCCGCCAGCUUCUUCGGGGGAUGCCAAGAAAGAGCCAGUGUCCGGCACCGAGGAAUCCUCCCUCCAUAGGACUGAGGAAUUAUUUAGGAGGUACAAGGACGAGCGGGAAGAUGCCAUCUUAGAGGAAGGCAUGGAACGUUUUUGCAAUGACCUCUGUGUUGACCCUACCGAGUUCAAAGUACUGGUCCUUGCGUGGAAGUUCCAAGCAGCUACCAUGUGCAAAUUCACAAGGAUGGAAUUCUUUGAUGGCUGCAAAGCAAUACAUGCAGACAGCAUCGAGGGGAUUUGCGCUCGAUUCCCCAGCCUCUUGAAUGAAGCCAAACAGGAGGAGAAGUUCAAGGAUCUCUACCGUUUCACUUUCCAGUUUGGUCUGGACUCAGAAGAGGGACAGAGGUCGCUCCACCGAGAAAUAGCCAUCGCCCUUUGGAAGUUAGUCUUCACACAGAACAAGCCCCCAAUCUUGGACCAGUGGUUACACUUCUUAAACGAGAACCCCUCAGGAAUCAAGGGAAUUUCCCGGGACACGUGGAACAUGUUCCUCAAUUUUACUCAGGUCAUCGGGCCAGACCUUAGCAAUUACAGCGAGGACGAGGCUUGGCCCAGUCUCUUCGACACCUUUGUGGAAUGGGAAAUGGAGUGGCGGAAGAAGGAAGAGGAGGGCCAGGGCAUGGCGGCUUCACAGACAGACAGCUUCAGUGCCGAGCACCCAACUUAGCGGCCUCAGACACGAUGGCCGUCCCCCAUCGAACCCUUCAUCAUUUGUAAGCUCUGGACUCCUCUGGAAUUUACAGACGCUCCAGAUUUUUCUACUUUACACCUUUCUCUGCCUUGUUACCUGAAAGGGCUCUAAAAUACCAGAUCCAUAUUUUAGGCACUUUUGUUGAAAAAAAAAAUGUUUUGGGUUGUUCCUGUUGUUCUUUUCCUGGAAUGUUUGAUCCCCUGUUUGCAAGUUAAACAAUUAUUUUCUCUUAAAAAAAAAAAAGUUUCAUAUUUUGGAAUAAUUAUGUCUUGACCUUGGUUGCACAACUUUUAAAAAAACACAACCUUUUUGGGGGGUGAGGUUUAAAUUAACAUUGCUAAAGUAUACAGUGCCAGAUUGACGUUCUGCAACAUUUGUUUUUUCAGGGCAGGUUUAUACUGUGUGUAAUGCUGUUUACAUUGAUUUUUUUUUUUAAUUUUAAAGUUGUGAUUGAUUUUAAGAUGUAUACCAUGAUUAAUAACAGUGUUAACUGUUAACUACAAAUGCAUUAAUUCCCAGGUAAAUAAGACUCUGAAAGCCAAUGAAAGCAGCAUUUUCCUUCUCUGUAGCCUGGUUAGCCUCUUUUAAGUCAGCCCUCCCCUUUUAAUGAGAUGACAGGUGAAAAAAAUGCCCUGUGCCUGCCAUCCAGCAGAGCUUUCAGUAACCUUUUUUGUAGCAUCAGCCCUGAGACGACAUGACCCACCUGCUCCCUGAAGAGGGCUGCUUUCACUUUUCUCUGCUCUAGAGCUCGCCCCAGCUGAGCCAGCCAGCUGUGACUUGAGGCUGUUUUGCCUACUAUCAACAGCAGGCUCCUCCUACCCUGCUGGGUAGCCAGCCAUCAUGCACUGUAAGUGGGUGGGGCUCCCCCCCCCACAGUGGCUUGGCACUGGUUAGGCUAGCAGCAGCUCUGGAGAAGGCAUGUGGAGGGAUCCCCCCUCCCGUGGGGAUCAUUAGGGGGUCUCCUGCCAGUGUUGCAAGCCCACAACCGGCCAGUCCUUCCUUUCUGCAAGGUGCAGACGAGAAGCAGUGCAACCCCUCUUUGUAGACGCCGCUGGGCAGUGCGGAAGCAUUUUUGAUGCAACUCCAAAAGCCAAAGGCAAGUUAUCUUCCAAGGUUUUACCUAAUCUUGACAGAAGUGACAUUUUUUUAUCCCUCUCUGGAGGGGACCAAAAAUCUCCCUAACCCUGGGCUUUAAUACCUAAGUCUGAAUUGCUAAAUCAUAGCUCAGAUCAUCCCAUUUCCCCCUGCCCCCCCCUCCCCACGAGGGAAUUUGCACCAGCUAAGCCUGAUGGCUGCUGUGUUUCUGGCAAGGCCCCCCCCUCCCCAUGCACUUCUGAUGGCUGCGCACCAGACCUAAAUUCAACCACCACAUCUCGUUUUAUAGCACAGCAAUGCAGAAAUGUGAGCUUUCUGCUUUCUCCGACAGCUGUUGAAAGGCCCAGAGCUUUUUGGGUCAGGAACAGGUAACACGGCUUAUUUCACCUUUUUUCAAAGAAUAGCCUUUAAUAGCAACCUGGUUGGCAUCUUGUUUUGGGCUAACUUAAACGAUGUUUCCAUAGGAUUGAAUUUAUUUUUAUUUGUUUUUUUAAACUGUACUGGGAACUAUUGGCUUGCUUGAAACUGUUGUGACCUUUUAAAAAGGGAGUUUUAUUAACACUGGCUGAAUUAACUGACUUUUCCCCCCUUAACGUCACCAUUUUAAAAACUUUUGGUAAAAGGGAUAAUUGCUGAGGCUUUCUUUGGAGAUGAGCCUGACCUCCAUGCUACAUGUUUUUUUAAAGUAUAAAACUUUAUUUCCAGGCUUGCAAUGAAGGCUCAAAGUAAGUUUAAUUUAAAAACACAAUCUCUAUCUCUCUCUCUUUUGAUGAGUUGAUGGCUUAGAUGAGCCGCCUUCUGAAUCUGCUUACAGGCCUGUCGUAUUCUGAGGAGGGGACAGGAGCUUGUAAGGAGUUUCAGAUCUGCGGCGACAGCCUGUUCUGUCUGCUGUGUUGGCUGAGCAGAUGUUACUGCAGGUCCGUUUCUGCCGCGGUCUAAUCCUGCCAACGGGCUGAGCACACAAGCUUGGAUCCUGUGCCCCUGUGUAGCUCUUUUGUGCAGGGCGACGAGGUGGCAAAAGUGGCACCGCCCGGCUGUAGCGUUUUGGUCCCCUCCCGAGUUUGCACAGGUCUGCUUAGGGGGUUGCGUUCCCCACCUACCCGCCCCACGUGGGGUUAGUUCCGUCAAUACGGUCCGACUCGUCUACGUUUUCAGUCACUAACAAUGGCGGGGCGGAUUUAAAAAUUACAAAAAAUAAAAGAAAUACUUGAAAUUCACAUCUUCUCUCGCUUGUCAGCAGCAGGGGUUUGACAUUGAUUUUGUUGGUUUCUGUCACUAUUGAGUAUGUUGAGAUACCUUUCUCAAAACUGUGCAAAUGCUCCUGGUUUUUAAGAUGCAGCAGGUGACUUCUGGGACCCUGCUCUGGAGUCCCGCUAAGAAGUUCUUUCUUUCAUGUUAAGGCUGCAUGUGCAUUCUGUCGAUGCCAUUUUAUUUUGGCUAAUUACAAAGGAAGUUUUGUGCCUAAAACGGGGGUGGGGGUGGGGACUUUGUCUUGUGUUAACUAGGUCCCAAAGGCCCUGAACCCUCUUGCUUGACCUUGCAAAGUAUUU